AUGAAGACGGCCCAGCUGAUGGGAGACCUCCCAUCUUACCGAGUUCAACCAGCCCCUGCGUUCUUCCACACCGGUGUCGAUUUCGCAGGGCCAUUCCUGAUCAAGUCGCUAACCGCAGCACGAAGGCCGAUGAUGACGAAGGGGUACGUGUCCCUCUUCGUGUGUAUGAGCACGCGAGCCAUACACCUGGAACUGGUCUCGAGUCUGACGACGGAUGCCUUCCUCGCUGCCUUGCGGCGGUUCACUGGACGUCGAGGUUUGGUGAACAAGAUGCACUCCGACAACGCGACGAACUUCGUUGGAUCGGAGACCGAGCUCGAGCGACUGGCCAAGUUGUUCGCCGAGGAGCAGCACAUCGAGAAGGUGGAGGAGUUCUGCAGCAGCCACGGAAUCACCUGGAGCUUCAUCCCGCCACGCAGCCCGCACUUCGGUGGGAUCUGGGAAGCGGGGGUGAAAUCUGUUAAGCAUCAUCUCAAGCGAGUCGUCGGCAACCAGAAACUCACCUUCGAAGAGCUGACUACCGUGCUGGUGCAAAUUGAAGCCGUGCUGAAUUCGCGGCCCUUGACGCCGUGCUCCGACGAUCCGAACGAUCUGUCCGCAGUGACCCCAGCACACUUCUUGAUCGGGCGAGAGAUGCGCGCGGUUCCCGAGCCGUCCUACAUCCACCUGAAGCAGUCGACGCUGUCCCGCUGGCAACACGUGCAAGCAAUGCAGCAGCAGUUCUGGAAGAGGUGGAUUGCGGAGUACUUGCCGGAGCUGCAGAAUCGCCAGAAGUGGUUCAAGAUCACCAAGAUACAACCCGGCGCGUUGGUGCUGAUCAACGACCCGAACGCUCCGCCGAUGCAGUGGCAACUCGGCCGAAUAAUCGCACUGCAUCCCGGCAAGGACAACAUCACCAGGGUGGUGACACUGCGAACGGCGAAGGGGGAGUGCAAGCGAGGCGUGACGGAGAUUUGCCUGCUUCCGCUGGACCAGGAGACGACCGAGGAGGAUUGA